AUGAAUCCACCAACACUUCUCAUCCACCAAUUCUUCCAUCAAAAUCACCAGAAGGCUGACUACGUCGCCUACGCUUCUGUUCUCGCACAACAUCACAACAUCAGCAAACCUUCAUCCUUCCUUCUGAUAACCACAACGACCUUCUCGCUUAGACACACGUCUGGUCGUCGCCCUAUGGACGGUUCAGCUCCUCUCGCCGACCCAAACGCCAUGGCAAGCUUAAUUCCUCCAAAGCCGACACUAUCAGCUCUUCCGCCAGAACUGCUCGACAGAAUCUUCUGGCUCGUUGACAGACCGGAUCUAGUCAACCUGCGCUUCGUCCCCAAGUCUAUCUGCGCUAUUGCCAACAGGCCAUUCGCUGUUCGCAACUUCAGCAACAGGAGCCAUGUCAUUACCAAACACAGUAUCGAGACACUGCUCGCAAUCAGUGCGCACGAAACAUUUGGCGCCUACAUCAGAGCUAUGGUGUUCAAUCCUGCUCGUAAGAUCCUCAAAUUUCUUGAUCCUGAUUUUGACGAGGAAGAGAAUACUGUCGUCGACAAUCCGUUUGUCGACUCUGGCGAAUUCAGUGAUUUAAUGCAGCAGAUUCUUGCCAACACCAGGCGCUUCUCUCCUUCCAUGACCAUCGGGCUUCCUGGCUAUGGUCGAUUCCUUUGUCGAGGUGAUCGGUUUUACCUUGUUUAUCGCGACGGCGAAGAAACAUUUGAGAUUCAUGGCGACAAUGUCUGCGAAGAACUCGAGGAAUUGACAUGCUACGUGGCCGCAGCAGAGACACAAAAGAUCCAAAAAUUCAUCAGGGAUGGUCUCGUGGAUGAUGAUCUGGUCGGUCUAUUUGAUCAGGCCUGA